UAAAAAUUAUGUUAAAUUCAAGUAUUUACAGUUCCGGAAGUAAUUCAGCCGUAAAGACAAAAGGCAAUUAGGCUCAUCUACUUUCAACAGCAAUAAGUAAAUUAGGAGAUUCAAGCUUCAAAUAGAGAAAUUCAGAUUAAAAAAAUAUAUCUCCAGUGAGAUUAAGAUUAUUUAGAGACUCUCCUAAAACUUAUAAAGGUCUAGAAGGUUGCGUUGUAGGUGAUUAUCAGUAAGAUUAUGAAUAAAUUUCAGUCCUUUGGCUCCAACUCAUGUUGUAUUUUCAAAUGAUAAGACUCCAUCUCCACAUAGAUCAGCUCGAACAUUUAGAGAUUCUCCUGAAAGAGCUAAGGUCAAGUUGAAUCAAUUUUAAGAUUGGAACUCCAAAUUAGAUAUUCAAUUAUAAAUACAAAAUAAUUAGAUAGGAAAAUUGAACAAUUAACUAAUAUAAUAAAGUCACCAACCUUAUAAACAUAAGAGCUCAAAAUCAAGCUUAUUGUUUUCAGGAAGUAGUCCAUCGAAUUACUAAAAGUUUGGUAAAUAAAGUGACCUUUCAUCACUUUCAUCAAGAUUGAACUCUAUUCCAACAUCAUAGAUAGUCCCAUAUUAAAUAGGGUAAAUAUAGCUAGAUUAUCAUAGACAUCAAAGUGAAUUAAAUGCAUUACAGUCCUCAUUAAGUAGAAUAAUGAAAACAAGUAGAUAUUGAAGAUUAGUGAUUAUAUGAAUAAUUAAAUCAAAUAAAUAUUUUUAAUUGU